UGGAGGGUGGCUUCCUCAGUUGUUAUUGGAGUGCUGAGGAGGGAGGACGUACCCACUCCGCUCUCCUCUUAUACCUGAUGUCUACCAGUGGUCAUAGUGACGGAUCAUUUUCUCGUGUGUAAACCUUCUCAAGGAAGGGAACUUUGAAUGGUGUGGAGGUGAGGUGUGCAGGUGUGGCCUACUGCAGCAGCUGCCACACACCUGCUUAUACCCACACCUACCUUCAAGGGCAAGUGCAUGGAUGCUCUUGACGGGUUCUUGAUGCAAGGUAUUGGAGCUACUCUUGCCUUUCCCGGAUCGAACCUGAUUACCACAAAUUCUUCAGACGCUGUGUGACCCUUACGAGCUGUGGCAAUACCUGGCUCGUCAGUACCUGCGUCAACCUGACUCAUCAGUAGGUGGGUCUACCUGACUCACCAGUAGGUGGGUCUACCUGACUCAUCAGUAGGUGGGUCUACCUGACUCACCAGUAGGUGGGUCUACCUGACUCACCACUAUGUCUUCCACACUGCCUCGAACUCGAAGUGUGAGUGCUGCUUCCUCAUCGUCCUCCAGCGCUGCCUCAGCCACCAAGGAGCGGGUUCGUCCGGUAUCAGUGUGCGACGCAACGUGGGCGGCCAAGAUGUCGGGUUCAGAGGGUGGUCAGCAGCAGCAGCAGCAGCAGCUGCUGGUGCGGACACCGUCACAAGCCAACAAUCUGUGCACAACGGUGCCACAGAGCCUGGUGGUGCAGACGCUGGGUGGGCGACAUACACCCACCAGAAGCAGCCUCAGGCACUCACGCAUGAUCGUACUAGCCAAGAAUGGUUACCAAUGGAUGAAUAGUGAAACAGGAUCCAGGAGGCAACAUUAA